CAUGACACAGUUUCUAUCCACCCAUUCUGAAUUUCAGCAAAAUGAUUUUCCAAGUGCAGGAUAAAGAUUGACGUCGCAUCAUUCAGUUUCAAGUCGUUCCAACAAUAGUAAUUUUUAUCACUCAGAUGGAUCAUUUUCCGAAAUUUUAUAAGCUAUUUAGAGUAGCAUUAUUUCUAUCACUGUCGAGUUGGAGUACACCAAUAAUGGCACAACAGCAGCAACAAUUUCCAUUUGGUAAUAUUUUUGGUGGUUUUCCUUCAUUUUUUGGACAAUCCUUCCCUAAUCAGUAUCAAUCAUUCGGAAAUCAAAACCCAUCUUCUUCGUCACCCACCCAGUUUGAUACUUCCCAAAAGCCAAGCCCAAAUCAGGUCCCCAACUAUAAUAAUUUCCUUGGAGGAUUCCCCUCUUCCUGGCCUUUUGGUCAAAAUGGAAACGGGGCAAAUGGUGGUGGCUUAUCAAAUAAUCCAUGGCAAGCCUUAUUCCCAAAUAGUCCAUUUAAUAACCAGAAUCAAAAUUCUUAUGAAAAUAAUAAUAACCAAAACAAUCAAGUCUCAAAACCUUCCCAAGGUCAAAAUGAAGGUCAAAUGAAUUCCCCCCAGCAGCAGCAGCAGCAGCAAUACCAGGCUUACCCAUUUGGUUUUCCAUUUUCAUUCUUUCCUCAAUACGCUCGACCUCAAGCAUCAAAUGAACCAAAUAAAGAAUCCUCCUCUUCCUCUAACCCUACAAAUAAUAAUAAUAACGACUACAUUUCAAGGCCAAACACAGGUCUGGAAGGCAGUAAAAUUCGUCCCUCCGGCUCUUCUGGUGACCCUGUUGAGUUGGAAGUUGUUCAUUCAAAACAAGAUUCAAAACACCCUUCGUUAAAUUGGCCGAUACGACCACCACAGACACCACCAACUUUCGAAGAUGGUCCAAGUCAGCAGACUGAGGAUGUUGAUGGAGGGUUUCGUCGACCAUCAUCCGGUGGUAAUAAUAAUGGUCCUCGCCCUGUUGAACUGGAAGUUGUGCAUUCGAAACAAGAUUCGAAACACCCGUCCCUCAUGACUUCCACGUUGUCUCCCCCACUUCUAGAAGAAGAUCCGGAGAACAAUUUUGAUGGGUAUUCCUUGGACCCCGAAGUUGUUGACGUCCGACUUACUGACAGUUUGAGCGAAAAAUCCAAAAAUCAAAACAGUAAGGAAGAUGAAAAAAGCAUUUCUUCUGAUAAUGAUGCUUUGCUAUUUCAAUGAGCGCGUCCACCCCAUCAUGUUUUUUAUUGUACUUGCGUGAUUUAACUUUUUCUUUAAUAAACUUCUGUCUUUUAAUUAUUUAAAAA